AUGAUAAAACAAAGAACAACUAUAUUCAAUCCAAAAGAUACUAAUGAUGAUGUGGUUUCGAAAAUCACUCGUGAAAAGAUAGUAAUUCAAACCGAUAAUGAUGAAAAUGAGCCAUUUAUAUUAGAGAAUAAAAUCACUUUGCCGUCAAGCGCAAUUGCCACAACCGUUAAUCAAUUCAAUCUAAUUAAACAAUUGAGAAUUCAACUGAAUGAUGAUUCCAUAAAGAAUGAUACAGUAUUCACAUACAAGUUCAGUAACGGUGUCAAUGUUUAUGUUAUUCCUAAAAAUGUCGAAACUAAAAAAGAUCAAGAACAGUUCUUUGAGCAAGUGAAUGUAUUGCUAAACCUGUUAUUGGGAAUCGAUGUUAAAACUGAUAAUUGGAUAAAGACUAUCAAUUCGUUAUAUUAUCACGAUGACAUCAGUAAAAGGUUGGAUCUAACUUGGUUUCAAGAUGCUUCAGAUGAAAUACAAGAUUCAAGUGAAACCUAUGAUUUGGUAUUCAACAAUGAGGAUGGGAAUCCAACUAUAGUUUUGAAACAAUUAACUUAUUUACCACCUUCAGAAGAGUUUUCGAUUUCAUUGAAUGAAAAAGUACGUAAAGAAGUCGGAUUAUUUAUAAUCGAUAAGCAUAUAAGUACGAGUGACGAUAUUGUGUUAUCAGGAUUACGUGUAAUAUUUGAUAAGGAGGAACAGGUUCCAGCAGAGGAAGGAUCUAAAGAGGAAGAUUACAUAUUUAAGACCUUAUUUCAUAUUAAGCCUCGUCAUAGAUUCAUUGAUUCUACUUCAACUAGUUCUAUUGUUAAGAAUGGGUUACAUCCAAUUUUAAAAUCCAACUUUCAGUCCUUCACUGAUAUUCAAGAAGUUGAUAUUCUUGAAUGCAGUUUGUAUUACUACAUCAAUCUUAACAAGUCAUUAAUAUUUGAUAAAUACCAAUCAAUCCCUAGCGGAUCAUCAUUGGUUGUUCACAAUGGAGUGUCCAACUUAGAAUUACCUGAAUAUAAAAUCACCGAAUGGGGAAGUGAAAUAUUAUUCGAAUUUAAUAAUAUUAGUCAAGAUGAUAUUGAAUUUACUUUACAUUCAAGAUAUCAGUCACCCAAUGAAAUACAAAACGCAACCGUAGUAAACAACUCAUUACCAGAAAUCUUUUAUGGAUGUAAUGUUAAGGAUGAUUUCUUGUUGGAUAAAUCUCCAUUUGAUUCAAGAUUAGAAAUUGGAGGUAAUUACGAACGUUACUUCACUGAUAAUACGGUAUUCUAUCAUUUGACUCAUACUCCACAAUCAUCUGUCACGAUAGAUGUACCUAAUGCCACAGGAUCUAUCGAAACUAUAUCUACCGUUACAUUAGUUUCUGUAUUAUUCGGAGUGGCUAUAAUAAUCUAUACUCUUUUAGGAGCAUUUUUCAAUGGUCAUCGCAAUUCUGUCACUUUUGAAAAGAAAAAUGAAUAA